GGAGCGAUCCCGGACGGACGGCGGGGGUUGAAGGUUGAUUUCGUGGGCCAGCCAACAACGACCGUUUCCUUCAUUCAUGCUUUCUCUACGGUACUAUCCCACCCCUUCCCUCUGUCUUUCAUAGUCUUGAAAAAUCACCUUUUCGUUGCGCCGGGAUUAUUCGCUCUACGACCCUGAGUCCUGACCGAUUGGACUGAUUGUUUUAUUUUAUUUUAUUUUUUUUGAUUGCCUAUCUCUCUUUCGUGCAUCUGGAGGGAAGAAGGAGAGAGAGCCCAAGGAUCGUCAGCGUCUCAGUUUGGGGUUCUUGACUCUUUUGGAUCGGCUGAUUUGGCAGCAAAGAUGACGAAGAUUUUGGUCACUGGUGGCUCGGGCUUCAUUGCCGCGCACAUCGUCGAGCAGCUACUCGCCGCGGGCCACACGGUGGUGACGACGGUGCGCUCCGAGGACAAGGCCGCGCGGCUGCGCGAGGCGCACGCCAGCGACAGGCUGAGCGUCGCCAUCGUGGGCGACAUUGCCGUCGAGGGCGCGUUUGACGACGUGGUGGCGAAGACGCCGGGGAUCGAGGUAGUGAUGCACACGGCGAGUCCGUUUCACUUUCGGUGGACCGACGCGCAGACGGAGCUCAUCGACCCGGCCCUCGUGGGCACCACGUCCAUCCUCCGCGCCGUGCACCGCCUCGCCCCGUCGGUGCGCCGCGUCGUCGUCACCUCGUCCUUCGCCGCCGUCUUGACCGAGGCGCUGCUCGGCGACCCCGGCACCACCUUUGACGAGUCGUCGUGGAACCCCUCCACCAUCGCCGACGUGCACUCCUCGCCCGCCACCGCCUACCGCGUGUCCAAGACGCUCGCCGAGCGCGCCGCCUGGGACUUUGUCGCCCGCGAGCGCCCGGCCUUUGACCUCGCCACCGUCUGCCCCCCCAUGGUCUACGGGCCCCUUGCCCCAGGAGGCGGCGUCGCGUCCCUCGACGCCGUCAACACGUCCAACGAGCGCUUCGUGGCCAUGUGCCGCGGCGCGUGGGCCGCCGGCGGCGCGCCCGAUACGGGGCUCGUCACCAUUUGGGUUGAUGUUCGCGAUGUGGCCCGCGCCCACGUCCUCGCCAUGGAAAAGCCCGACGCCGGCGGCCGGCGGCUCUUCCCCGUGGGCGGGCGCUUCUCCAACCGCCGUCUCGUCGACAUUGUGCGCGAGCGCUUCCCCGAGUACGCGGACCGCCUCCCGGGGCCCGACGUCCCCGGUGGCGGGGCACCCCCGGCCGACAAAAACUUCAAGUACAAUAACGACGAGACGGUCCGCGUCCUUGGCAUCCAGUGGACGAGCCUCGAGGACAGCGUCGAGGGAGUUGUGCGAUCCCUCAAGACAUACGGGCUGUAGGGGUAAGACAAACCAAAAAUUGGUGAGGGAACUUCGGAUCCGCAGAUGGCAUCAUCACCAAGUGUCGUUCAAUUAAAGAAUCAAGUCAGGUAUCGCUG